UCAGCUGCGACUGCUAGUCUGGUAAAAUCACUGGCAGUGACCAGUCCGUAGCUCCUCAUUUGUGUCAAGGUAGUGAAAGAGAAAGAGAGAUCCCUGUGGAGUCAAUUUGAACAAUAUGUGCAAAUCCCUAUUCCUGGUUGCUCUUAUCAUUGUCGCUUGUAAUGCAGCCGAUGAUGACGAGUAUUUCGAGUUCACCUGUCCGCGUGAGCAAGGUCAAUUCGAAGAUCCUUAUCAAUGCGAUAAAUAUUAUGACUGCAGCAACGGAAACGUGAAAGAGAAGUUAUGUCCAGACGGGUUGGUUUUCAAUCCAAGUAGUAAACUAAGUAAUAAAUGCGAUCAAGUUUUUAACGUUGACUGUGGAAACAGAAAAGAAUUACAAAAGCCAAACCCAGUUGGAGUAUGUCCUAGACAAAACGGUUUCUUUCCCCAUCCGGACUCAGCAAUAUGCAAUGUGUUUUACAAUUGUAUCAAUGGUCGCGAACUGGAAAUGACAUGUGUGGCCGGUCUACACUUCAACUUCGAAACCGGUACAUGUGUUUGGCCAGACAUGGCAAACCGUGUAGGCUGCGGCAGCAACGCCAACAAAAAACUUCAAGAUGGAUUCCAAUGUCCACAAAAAUUCAAAAAAAUGGAUAAAAAUGGUCAAAUAAUUACGCAUCCAAAUUUUCCACAUCCUGAGGAUUGUUCAAAGUUUUAUAUAUGUCUCAACGGUAUUGAACCUAGAGGGGGGACCUGCGAUGAAGGACUAGUUUACAACGAAGAUCUCCAGCGCUGCGACGCACCGGAAAAUAUACCAGGGUGCGAGGAUUGGUAUAAUCAUGACGACAAAAUAGAAGAGUAAAGUCUGUUUCCGGAAAUCUUGAAAAAUCAAACAUACAUCAAAGAAUAAGUUAUAUUCUAAUUUACUUAUCCGGUUUUACUAAUUUUCCAGAAAAUUGACACUCAAUAAUUAAUUUAUAAGAGCGUUUAUUUACACCAACAUAAACAUGAGGUGGUAUCGUGCCGUGUCAAAUAUACAACUCUAAGUAAAAAAAUAAAUUGACAUGAGUUGGGUACCUUAAUCAUUUUGACAAUAAAUGCCUUUCUCACACAAUGAAAAUAC